ACCAACUCCACGGUUUGUGCGUGAGACCGGCAGCGGAUGGUGUUGCUCAACAUCACACGCUCGUUUGGGUUCUGACGUCCAAACAAAUGCGAAAGUUUAAAGGAACGGAGUCUGACUGCGCUGAAAGGAAACUGAAACUUUGGUGAGUGGACGAGCAGAGUACGCGUCGCACGGAGCGUCAGAUCACAGAGCGGAGGAGCACCGAGGUCUGCGCGUCCAGGAACACGUCCAUCAUGAGUUUGCAGGUUUGCCACUGUGGUUGGUCCAAAGUGACGUCCUACCAGGGCCUGAGAACUCACCAGGGGAAGAUGGGAUGUACACCAAAGGGAAUGGGGAUACCUGAGAGAGAACAGUACAGAUUCAGCUCUUACAGCCCUUCAUUAUCAGUCACAACACGUACCUUCCAACUCACAGACCCUUGUACCAAUAUUUUCACCUCUUCUCUAAACUUUGGCUCUUCAUUAGAGAAGAGCCUCCAGGGCGAUCAGGGCACGUUGGGAUCCACACCGUGGGGAUGGAUUCCAGAGAGGGAGCAGAACACCAGGGGACCCGCCUUGGAAGAAUCCCGUCAAAAUGACAGUGGUCUAGGUCACACUACUCACAUCAAGGAGGAGAACGUGCCUUUCUCUCCCACUCUCAUCAGUGACACGAGUCCUGCACGUAUAGAGAUGCUCAGAACACUGAAGGAAAAUCAGCAGCAGUUUGGUCAAAUAGGUGCAAACGUACACAAUGGUUAUCGAUCACCGGACUUCAACCCUACGUCUCAGGCUCUCACGUCCACGCCACAAAGCGUCACUAUGCAGAAAUACCCUGCAGCCUCACACGUCACAGUGCAGGGCACAAAAACAUCUGUGUUUGAGACGCCACAGCUCUCUCACCGAACGGCCACAGACCUGACGGGCAAAGCUCGUCGAGCACUUGAUUUCUCCACAGGAUCCCAGCAGGCGACAAUGACCUUUGAGAUUCCAACAACUGCAGCUCAGCAAACAGUAGCUGCUCCAAAGGAUGAAGAGCUGAAGAGACAGAGAGAGUGGGAGGAAAAGGAGGAGGCUCAAAAGCUGCUAAAGGCACGGCAGGAUCGUAUGAGGGCAGAGUUACAGCAGACAAUUCAACUCAGAGAACAUAGGAUCGAUGAAGUCAAUUCUUCUCUGAAAGCCUGCAAGGUCAGCUUAGAUGCUGAGUGGCUGGAGAUCAACAGCGUUUUCUCAGAGGUGAUGAAGACUGUGGACGAUGCUCGUCAGAAAGCCCUUCAACCCCUGGAGGAAAGGAGACAGAAAGUAAAGCAAAAAGCCCAAUAUCUAGUCCAGAAGCUGGAAAGAGAAAUUGACAAACUAAAAGGGACCAUGGAUGAGUUGGACACUAACCCAGACCUGCAGGUUUGUACUGCAACAGGCGUGGAUGAAUCUAGAGAAUGGAAAAAGGUGAAUGUUGAUACUUCCUUCUCCCUUGGUUCCCUGAAAACGACAACGUCAGCCAUGAUGGAACAAAUUCAAAACAGCCUGGAAAACCUGUCUUCCAUUGAACUGAAGCGGAUCUCCAAGUUUGCAGUGGAUGUAAAGUUGGACCCAGCUACUGCACAUCAGUGCCUUGAUGUUUCCAAGGAUGGGAAGAAUGUGAGAGAUGCAGGACAGAACCAGAUGCUUCCAGAUGCCCCAGGAAGGUUUGAUCAGUUCGGCAGCAUCCUGGGCCGCAACCGCCUGACUUCAGGAAGGUCCUACUGGGAGGUGGAGGUCAGCAACAAGACCGGGUGGGAUCUAGGAGUAGCAAGAGGCAAUGCAAACCGCAAGGGUGUCCUCUCACUAACCCCGGCCGAUGGCUACUGGGUCACUGUACAUUAUGAAAACACAAAGUUUGCUGCCAUGACAGCUCCACCCGUUAAGCUUUCCCUGAAAGAGAAACCUCGAAAGGUGGGGGUGUUUGUGGAUCAUGAUGAAGGGCUCGUCUCCUUCUAUGAUGUGACGGCUCAGUCUCACAUGUACUCGUUUACUGAGUGCUCGUUCGGUGGUGAGGUCUUCCCAUAUUUUAGUCCACAUCUUAAAGAAAAUGGGAAAAACUCAGGUCCACUAAUUAUCACCACUGUAUGAAAUGGAUGUGGUCACAAGUAUGUGUUACUUUAACCAAUGCAUGGUUAAUAGAUGGUUAGACAGACAGACAGACAGACAGACAGUCAGACAGACAUGUGUACAGUACUGUCAGUACAUCAGUACAUAUAUUAAUAGGAGAAUAUAUAUGUAUGCCUUAUGCCUUAUAUGAUACAUACAUACAUAUAUGAUUUUUUUAUUUUAUUUUUACUUUUGUACAUUGAGGUGUAAAAAGGAAUAAUAAAAAAAUGAAAAAAAAAAUACAUAAGGUAUAAAAGAACAACACAAUAAAUUAGUCCAAAUUUGA